AUGAAAAGAGUUGAUGUCUUCUCAAUGCAAAUUGUUGCAAAAUACUUUCAAUUUAUUACCGAUUAUCUAUAUAUUAUCCAAGUUUGCAAGAAAUAUAAGUUUCUUCUUGAUCGUUUUCGUAUCAACCCCAUCCGAAUAAGCCCAAAGUACAAACCGUUAUUUACACACAUUCAAACUCAAAUUGUAUUUACUCCAUAUGACAUCAUCGUCCCAGUUGAUCGUCAUAUCUUUCUUUACUAUGUUUCAUAUCAGGAGUACAAAGAAAAAAACACACAAACUGAAGUGUACAAAAACGUCCGCUAUACAACAGAAGAUAUUGAAAAAUAUGGAUCAAAAAUACCAGAGGAAGUUUCACAACUUGGUAAUUAUCUUUAG